UCUGACCUGUGUUGUUGUGUCCACCAGCGCGUCAUGGUGACGGCCUCUAUAACUCCUACAUGAGAACUGACCACCUACUGAAGGAAGAAGCAGACACACACAGUCCCGCUGGCCUGCCCCCGAUACCCAAACACACUGUGAAUAAGCCAGGUGUGAUGCGGGACCAGAUCGCUGUUAGUGGGGGUCAGCUGAAGGUCAAGUACCCGUACGAAGACUCCACCUACAACCGCAAGGUCAAUGCUAUUACCACGACAACACACAACGGCAACAGCACCACCGGACAGACCACCGGUAAACCCUCCCCGGUGACUGGGCUGUCUAAAGAGCGCACCGCCGGACAGACCACCGGUAAACCCGCCCCGGUGUCUGGACUGUCUAAAGAACGCAGCUCAGACAGUACGGGCUCCAGUAAAGGGUCGUCAGAGAGUACCGGACCCUGGGGAGGGAAACUGGUGGGACCCCUGACUCCUGAACAGGCCCUCAGACAGUACCGCUCUCAACUUACUAUCCUGGAACAGACUGAGAUACACUCCUACCCAGAGGUGUAUUUCCUGGGUCCCAACGCUAAGAAGCGUCCUGCAGUCGCUGGGGGCAACAACAAUGGGGGUUUUGAUGACGAGCAGGGCGGGUACAUCCAUGUACCCCACGAUCACCUGGCCUUCAGAUACGAGUUCCUCAAAGUCAUCGGCAAGGGCAGCUUCGGACAGGUGGCGAAGGUGUACGACCACAAGCUGCAGCAGCACCUGGCUCUGAAGAUGGUCCGUAACGAGAAGCGUUUCCACCGCCAAGCCCAGGAAGAAAUACGUAUCCUCGAGCACCUCCGUAAGCAGGACCGCUCCGGAACCAUGAACGCCGUCCACAUGCUAGAACACUUCACCUUCAGAAACCACAUCUGCAUGACCUUUGAACUGCUCAGCAUGAACCUGUAUGAGCUGAUCAAGAGGAAUAAGUUCCAGGGCUUCAGUCUGCCGCUGGUCAGGAAGUUUGCCCACAGCAUCCUGCAGUGUCUGGAGGCUUUGAACCGACACCGGAUCAUCCACUGUGACCUGAAGCCGGAGAAUAUACUGCUGAAACAGCAGGGACGGAGUGGAAUCAAGGUGAUAGACUUUGGUUCGUCAUGUUUCCAUCACCAGCGUGUCUACACGUACAUCCAGUCCCGCUUCUACCGUGCCCCUGAGGUCAUCCUGGGGUCACGCUACGGUCUCCCCAUUGACAUGUGGUCAUUUGGCUGUAUCCUGGCUGAGCUGCUGACAGGGUAUCCCAUGUUCCCAGGCGAGGACGAGGGGGACCAGCUGGCCUGUGUCAUGGAGCUACUGGGCAUGCCCCCUACCAAGCUGCUGGAGCAAGCCAAGAGGGCUAAGAACUUCAUCUCCUCCAAGGGCCACCCGCGCUACUGCGGGGCUAACACCUUGCCCAGUGGGGCCACGGUGUUCACGGGCUCCCGCUCGCGCAGGGGGAAGCUCCGGGGUCCCCCUGCCAGUAAAGAGUGGAGCGCGGCCCUGAAGGGAUGUGAAGAUCUCACCUUUACAGACUUUAUUAAGAGGUGUCUAGACUGGGACCCUUCCAGCAGACUGACCCCUAGUCAGGCCCUCAGACACCCCUGGCUCUACCGACGCCUGCCUAAGCCCCUGGCCCCCGCCGCUGGAGAGAAGAAGGGAGCGGCAGAACACCACUCUACCUCCUUCCCAUCCAUCCUGCCGGCUAAAGGAGGGAGCGGCACAGCGGCAAAUCACAAACUGAGAGCCAACAUGAUGGGAGACUCAGCAGGGUCCAUACCCCUCCGCACCGUGCUGCCCAAACUGGUCUCAUAGACAGGUGGAGAGAGGGACAGAACCAGGAGGUUUUAAAUUAGUUGGGUUGUUCUUUUCUCUUUUGGUUUUCUGUGUUUUUAAUUAUUUUGGAACGUGUGGACACUCCAGGUGUUGAUUUAGAAUUGUAUCUGAUGAACGGCCGUUGGACAGACUAUAUAAAGGUGUUUACAGCAGGAUAACUGACUCAGUGAUUUACUACAUAGACACCUUAGAGCAGCUCUGGCCCUGCUGCUCUCCUACCUCUUCAUUCAUUACAGGUCUAGACCAGUCCCUGAUGAGGGGAAUCACCCACCUGGUGUCCCAGGUCUAAACCAGUCCCUGAUUAGAGGGGAAUCACCCACCUGGUGUCCCAGGUCUAGACCCUGAUUAGAGGGGAAUCACCCACCUGGUGUCCCAGGUCUAGACCCUGAUUAGAGGGGAAUCACCCACCUGGUGUCCCAGGUCUAGACCCUGAUUAGAGGGGAAUCACCCACCUGGUGUCCCAGGUCUAGACCCUGAUUAGAGGGGAAUCACCCACCUGGUGUCCCAGGUCUAAAUUAGGCCCUGAUUAGAGGGGAAUCACCCACCUGGUGUCCCAGGUCUAAACUAGUCCCUGAUUAGAGGAGAAUCACCCACCUGGUGUCCCUGGUCUAAACCAGUCCCUGAUGAGAGGGGAAUCACCCACCUGGUGUCCCAGGUCUAGACCCUGAUGAGAGGAGAAUCACCCACCUGGUGUCCCAGGUCUAAAUUAGGCCCUGAUGAGAGGGGAAUCACCCACCUGGUGUCCCAGGUCUAGACCCUGAUGAGAGGAGAAUCACCCACCUGGUGUCCCAGGUCUAGACCCUGAUUAGAGGAGAAUCACCCACCUGGUGUCCCUGGUCUAAACCAGUCCCUGAUGAGAGGGGAAUCACCCACCUGGUGUCCCAGGUCUAGACCCUGAUGAGAGGAGAAUCACCCACCUGGUGUCCCUGGUCUAAACCAGUCCCUGAUGAGAGGAGAAUCACCCACCUGGUGUCCCAGGUCUAGACCCUGAUGAGAGGAGAAUCACCCACCUGGUGUCCCUGGUCUAAACCAGUCCCUGAUGAGAGGAGAAUCACCCACCUGGUGUCCCAGGUCUAGACCCUGAUGAGAGGAGAACAGUGGCGCUGGCUUGGAGCUCCAGGGUCCUAGAGGUCAUAGCUGGUCUACAUGUUAUUCUAUGGGUUUAAUCAGCCAGGGUCAGCUGUUUUCAUCUCCAGUGUGUUUUGCUGUACAGCAGGUUUCUCAAACUCGGUCCCGGGGCCCCUCUUGGGUACACAGUGGUUGUUGUCCUAGCACGACACAGCUGACUGAAAUAAUCAAAGCUUGACGAUGAGUUGGUUAUUUGAAUCGGCUAUGUAGUGCUAGGACAACAACUAAAACAUGUGUAUACACACACAUAUGUCUGCCCUUGUUUGUGUGGUGUAGUGUCUAUAUAUAUAUAUAUAUAUAUAUAUAUAUAAGGGCUAAAGGAGAUCUGUUGGAUCAUGUAGCAACAACCAGCUUAUAAAAACCAUUGAAUCAUGUUGAUGAGAGGUCCUUCUGAGGAAACACGGACCUCUCUGCUCCUACAUGUUAAUGAGACACGAACCUCUCUGCUCCUAUAUGUUAAUGAGACAGGAACCUCUGCUCCUACAUGUUGAUGAGACAGGAACCUCUCUGCUCCUACAUGUUAAUGAGACACGAACCUCUCUGCUCCUAUAUGUUAAUGAGACAGGAACCUCUGCUGCUACAUGUUGAUGAGACAGGAACCUCUCUGCUCCUACAUGUUGAUGAGACAGGAACCUCUCUGCUCCUACAUGUUGAUGAGACAGGAACCUCUCUGCUCCUACAUGUUGAUGAGACAGGAACCUCUCUGCUCCUACAUGUUGAUGAGACAGGAACCUCUCUGCUCCUACAUGUUGAUGAGACAGGAACCUCUCUGCUCCUACAUGUUGAUGAGAUAGGAACCUCUCUGCACCUACAUGUUGAUGAGACAGGAACCUCUCUGCACCUACAUGUUGAUGAGACAGGAACCUCUCUGCUCCUACAUGUUGAUGAGAUAGGAACCUCUCUGCACCUACAUGUUGAUGAGACAGGAACCUCUCUGCUCCUACAUGUUGAUGAGAUAGGAACCUCUCUGCACCUACAUGUUGAUGAGAUAGGAACCUCUCUGCACCUACAUGUUGAUGAGACAGGAACCUCUCUGCACCUACAUGUUGAUGAGACAGGAACCUCUCUGCACCUACAUGUUGAUGAGACAGGAACCUCUCUGCUCCUACAUGUUGAUGAGAUAGGAACCUCUCUGCACCUACAUGUUGAUGAGACAGGAACCUCUCUGCUCCUACAUGUUGAUGAGAUAGGAACCUCUCUGCACCUACAUGUUGAUGAGACAGGAACCUCUCUGCUCCUACAUGUUGAUGAGAUAGGAACCUCUCUGCACCUACACUCCUGCACAGAAAAAUAUCUUUCAUCACAGACCACCUCGUUAGAUCAUUGAGCUGAGCCAGAGACUGGGCUAUCUCUCUGCUAAAUCACAAUGUUUAUUAAAUCAUUGUGUCCAGAGUUGUUUAUCUCUCGUUAUCGCUCCCUGUUGGUAUGUGGUGGGGGGAGGAGAGGGAGAGUGCGGCUCUUUAACACUAAUGUGGGUAUAUCUCUGUCGUUUACAGUAGCCUGGGGAGGGAUGUUACAUGUAGGAAGCAGCCUGGGGAGGGAGGGAUGGAUAUUACACUGAAAGGCGAGAGGAAAGAAGUAGCACAUGCCACACCUCCCUGUCACUCAGUGGUCCCUAUGGAGCCUGCCGUGGUUGCCAUGGUGUUGUCGGGGAGGGGCAGUAGGAGAAGGAGACAGAAGAGUGACAUCAUACUCUCUGUCAGCUCCAGGGCUUUAUCAUUGACGUGAAAGCGUUCAGAACGUUGCAGAUAGAAAUAGAUUAACUACAGCUGGAACGAUUCCCUGUUCUACAUAACAGACCUGACCAUGUUUGUUCUACACAAUACAUUUCUACAUCCUGAGAUGGGUGGAGGCUGAUUUAAAAGAUGUUCUCGCUCUCAAGGGGCUUUAUUGGCAUGGGAAACAUGUUUACAAGUGAGAAAUAUUAAACAAAAGGUGAAACAUCAACAACAAAACGAUUAGAAUUUAACAGUAAACAUUGCACUCAAAAAGGUUUUUACAAAAAUAUCAACAUUUCAAAUGUUUUUCUUUUUCUUUUCAAAUUCUUUGUGUUUCUGUUUGAAAUAUGUAUCUGUAAUGUGGUUAUACAUUUAGCAUGAGGUCAGGAAGUGCAGCUCAGUCUCUCACUCUCAGGGCUCUGGCAGACAAAGAUCACGGACACUGCUGAUACUCUUAGACACACACAUUGUGUUAAUGGUGCUGUCACUACACACACACACACACACACAGACGACAUGUAUGCAUCAGGUGCAUGUUGUAUGGACCAGGUCGCAGAGGUUAUAGUUCAGGGUUCAACCUCCUUUACUCAACAACACUGUCAGGGUUUGUUUUUAUUUGGACUUUUCCUGUAUGUCUUCCUUUCUUCUUUAUUUUUUUAUAGAAAUGUUUUUUUUUAUAGUUUUUUGUUACUCAAGACGAGAGGUUUUUAAAAGCAUAAAUGAAGGUGACGAUGUGUUUAUAGCGUUAGCGGUGGUGAUGUGUGUUGUAGGCUGUUUCAGCAUGAUGGAAUCACAUGAAACUGUUUCAACACUGAGAUGAAGACCUACUGUUAACCGGUGAGCUGUAAUAAAAUAUUAACUGAACGGG